UCCCUGUGUGUGACGCCGUUUGCACACCCACUCUUAAAGAGAGACAGAGGGAGAGAGGAGGGACACGGAGCAGCACACAGAGCCAGUCUGUUUGCAGCUCCCACCUCACUGGAGCUCCUCUGCCAGACAGCGCUCACCCAUCAGCCGCCACACUCCCUCAAACUCCUCUCCUCUCACUGCGCGACAGCUGACAACACGCUCCGCUCCCCCGGCUGCGCCGCAGGACCAACAUUCAACCGGGAAGACAAAACACGGACCCGAUUCCAAACGAGCAGGGACGCCAGCUUUAAGGAGGAGGCUGGGUUGAGGCUGGAGGGGGUGACUGGAGAAUGGAAUGGAACCUCAGAAGGAUGGAAAGUGAAUUGAGGCACAUCAACCCAGACCUGCUGCAGCCCAGCAAAAGCUUCAAGAAGCCCUCUUCAGGUACCAUCACCCUAAAUGUAGGGGGGUUCCUUUACACCGCCCAUCGGACCACCCUUUCCAAGCACCUGGGGUCCUUCCUGGAGGAGCUGGCCAAUGGUAAAAAGCCCGUUCAGCACACCGACUCUAUGGGUAACCCCUUCAUUGACAGAGAUGGCCCAGUUUUUCGUCAUGUUCUCAACUAUCUCAGAACCGGAGAGCUGCAGCUACCUGAUGACUUUCGGGAGGCGGGGCUUCUGCGGCGGGAAGCUGACUUUUACCGGUUGAGUGAACUGGUUGAAGCAGUCAUCGAAUGGGAAAGCCAACGAGCCGCGCAGCGAGAGCCCGCGUUUUUGGAGGUGACAGAUAGCCACGACAGGUCCCAGGGCCUCAAGGUGUACUGCAGCGACGCCACCUUCAUAGAGAAGGUGAAGGCACGGCUGGUGCAGAUCUCCAAGAGCCGCCUGGAUGGCUUUCCAGAAGAGUUCGUAGUGUCGUCCAACGUGAUCCAGUUCCGCCACUUCAUCAAGUCGGAGCCUGGCUCGCGGCUCGUUCUGAAGGAGGACAGCACCUUCUUGUGCACGCUUGACUGUCUGAAACUAGAAACGGUGAUGCUAGCUUUAAAAUCCGGCUUCAAGUUGGUAACCAGCCUCGACAGCAGCAAAGGCUCCGUGGUGGCGGCCGAGGCCCUGCACUUUGUCAAAUAGAACAAGAAGGAAAAGUAGAUCAGCAAGGAGGGAACUCCUGAUUCUCUUGCAGAUGUAAAACUAAGAUGUUGUGACGUGUUUGGUAGGAGAUGGAGAACAGGUGGGGUGGACUAGCAACAAUGUUUGUGUCUUUACUGCAAAGUGGUGACAUAUAAAUAAAGUUCAGAGUGGUUGUUUACAGCAGAAUGACAAAAAGCGACUCUGCUCUGUGUGUGUGUGUGUGUGUGUGUGUGUGUGUGUGUGUGUGUGUGUGUGUGUGUGUGCGUGUGUGCGUGCGUGCGUGCGUGUGAGAGAGAGACAGAGGUAGAGUGUGCUGAUGAGUGCGGGUGUGAGUUGCUGCGCUGCAUUGGUGUAAUAGCUCAUGUUUAGCUUGUUAGCCAUUUGAAGCCCGAAGGUUGAUUCGGAAAGUCGAGCUUCACCAGAGAGCCGUGGUUAUUGUAAAGGGCUUUGCACCCAGCAUGAUGCAUGUGCACUGAAUAAACCGUGUGUUUGUCAGCGCUGUGAGCCUCUGUGCAGAUGGUGUCACAACUAUUUUAAAUGUGAAUAUUUUACAAAUAAAACAAUCAAACUCUUA